GUGAGUAUAAGUGUACCUGUAUUGAUUAAAUUAUAGGACAGGUAAGCAACUUUCUCUUUCAAAACUCGCAAUGCAGAAAUGGAAUUCAUGAUUUAAUAAAAAAAGUUUGACGUACAAUGGAGGUAUCCGGUAAAAAAAUCCAGACAGAUGCCUCUGUCCUGGACACGACGUUCUGCCAGCCCUGCUCCCAGGAAGGGGAAACCCUGCCAGCCGAGGCCUACUGUACUGUCUGCAGGGAGUUCAUGUGCUCUGUUUGCACAAAUGUUCACAAGAAACAGAAAAUGUCGAAGUUUCAUGCACUCUUGGAUAAGAGUUCUAUGCCGACAGCUAUGCAGGGAGAGUCAGAUGCACCACAAAGCACCGAGGCUUGCAACAUCCAUCCUGAAGAGUUAAUCAAAUACUUCUGUCCAACCCACCAGUCACUCAACUGCGGACAUUGCCUAGCCAAAGAACAUAGAACAUGUCAUGUUGACAUCAUCUCUGAAAUAUCAAGGGGCUUUAAAGAUCACAAAGAGUAUGCAGACAUCAGCAAAGCAAUUUCCGAAUUGUCUAAAGCUCUACAGCACUGUGCUGAAGAGGUUGAAACCAAAUUGAAUUUAAUAAAAGAGCUGGCUGAAGAUGAAGUUUCAAAUUUACGAGAAUAUCGGGACAAGAUAAACACAUACUUCGAUGACAGAGAAAAUGCCCUUCUUAAGUUCAUUGAGGAAAUGAAAAGUAUCGAUGAAACACGUAUUCACUCCAUUAAACCAAGAUGUGAUGACCUUAAAGCCAAGGUUGACGAAAUGAAAUGCAAACUCGCAGAACAGGAGAGAAACAAUACCCAGUUGUUUAUUGAAGUCAAGAGAGCUCAGAAACAUAUCGAAAUUCUGCAGUCCGGGCUGGAUGACAUAAACAAAGAGAUGACUUUUCAUCGCUACACGCUGCGAAAGGACCCAGCCAUGGAACGAAUGUUGUCAUCAAAAACGGGUCUUGGUACGGUACACGAAGAAGACAAGACCGAUUUGGGACGGUAUCCCCAAGAACAGAAUGAGCCUGAGGCGAUGCAAAAAGAGAACGAGCAUUGGAUUAAUAAACGUCAAAAUGAUAAGGAGAUUUGUAAGACACAAAACGAAGAGAGCAAGCAUCGGGGAUAUGAAUCAUGUCAAAAGCAAAUGGAGGAGAUAUGUGUCAUGUCACAAGCAGAGAGCAAGCAUCGGGGAUAUGAACCAUGUCAAAAGCAAAUGGAGGAGAUAUGUGUUAUGCCACAAGCAGAGAGCAAGCAUCGGGGAUAUGAAUCAUAUCAAAAGCAAAUGGAGGAGAUAUGUGUUAUGCCACAAGCAGAGAGCAAGCAUCGGGGAUAUGAAUCAUAUCAAAAGCAAAUGGAGGAGAUAUGUGUUAUGCUACAAGCAGAGAGCAAGCAUCGGGGAUAUGAAUCAUGUCAAAAGCAAAUGGAGGAAAUAUGUGUUAUGCCACAAGCAGAGAGCAAGCAUCGGGGAUAUGAAUCAUGUCAAAAGCAAAUUGAGGAGAUAUGUAUUAUGCCACAAGCAGAGAGCAAGCAUCGGGGAUAUGAAUCAUAUCAAAAGCAAAUGGAGGAGAUAUGUGUUAUGCCACAAGCAGAGAGCAAGCAUCGGGGAUAUGAAUCAUGUCAAAAGCAAAUGGAGGAGAUAUGUAUUAUGCCACACGCAGCCAGAUCCAAACGACGUAACCGAAUGCGUAAAUUCAAUGGAGAUUAACAGUGAUUCAAAGCAGUUGAUAUGUGGCCAGAGUGUGUUUGUCUCUUUAUGUAUUGACAUGUAUUUCAAAAUUUGAAUCGGAUGCCUGUUAUUGAGCUUUAAGUUAAGCCAUUGAUUAUUCUUCAUUUUGUACGCAUUUAUAAAAAAGACCUUUUUCUGCAACCCUUGUCCUGUUUUUUUUUAUAUUCUGUAAACAUGAUUUAUGUCGAACUCAAAUUUUAUAAUUAUCUAAACAGUCACAUGUGACAACAUAGUAAUAAUAUAAACUUAAUUAAUCCUUUUUAAAUAUGAAUUUAAUGAAGUGUUAUUUAUUUCUAUAUAACACUUCUUUAAUUGUACUUAUUUGUAUAGUAUGAAAUGAAUUUUGUAUGUCUGUCUUUCUAAGAGACCAGGAGCUGUGCAACAGUUUUAUGAUAUAUUGUAUUUUCAGAUGAUGUCUUACAUUGUUUCUUAAAACAAUUUCAGAUUAAAAUUUAGUCUGUAUCCUAAAAAAACAAAUCUAGCUAUUCAAUUUUAGCAUGGACAUGUUUGGUGAGGCUCUUGACAUCUGCAUUAUAUUAUUGUAAUAUAUCAGGCGGCUUCGUACUCUUAUGCACAGUCUCAAUCAAUCUGAUACUGAAACUUUCAUAAUAUACUAAUUAAACACAUACAUAUAUAUAUAUAUAGCAUGUUUAUUUAUUCUGCAAAAUAAAAAUGGUUAUAGUUUUA